AUGACCGGACGCAAUGGCUCGAUGCCAACUGGGGAAUCAAAUGACCUGUUGUCCUGCGUGAAAGUCGGGGCUGUUAGUGGCGCGGCUGGCCUGGUGUAUGGAGGCAUCUCCGGAGUCAUUCGGUCCCCUCACCCCGUCAUCCAUUCCCUUUCCUGUGGCAUCCAUUGGUUUGCCUGUGGCACGUCCUUCUGGUGGCUACGAAGCAAUAUCUUGACCCUUCACUAUGAGAGCAAUGCAUCUCCCAAACAGCGUGCUUAUGUCAGCGCUUUGUCUGGAGGCAUUGCUGGAGGUGCUGUCACCCGAAUUAUGGGUGGCCGACUCGUUCCAGGGGUCGUGGUGUUUUCGCUUUUAGGCUAUGUUGGUCAAAGCUCUUAUAAUGCGAUCGACAGCUGGCAAAUGGAACAAGCAAAUACCCCCUCCAAGCCAAUAAUCCAACGAAUAGCCGAUUCUAAAUGGAUCCCGUUGAAGACCCUGUCGGAUGACGACUACAGGGGGAUUCUGAACGAGAAAUUGUUGAGUAUUGAGGCCGAAAUGGCGCUGAUUGACGAGAAGAUUGAACAGCUGGAAAAGGCCAAACUGAACAGCCCAGAGGCUACUACCCCCGAGUCGACGAAGUGA